UGCUGGCAUUUUAAACUAACUUUUCUUGUCUCGCACACGCACGCAUCAGCUCGUCGGAGAUCUCAUUCAGAUUUAUUUUGGGAUUGAAGCAUGUCGUCCGAUCAGGACUUCUGUUUUCUCUGCAAGGAGGAUCUUAGAGACCCUGUUUCCAUCCCAUGCGGUCACAUAUUCUGCGCCGUCUGUAUCAAGACCUACUGGGAUCACGCGGACCACACCGGACAAUACCUGUGUCCUCAGUGUAGGGUGACCUACAACAAGAGGCCAAAUCCACGCCGGCUUCAGUCCUCUCGCCAAUCCACUUCAACCCUAAGAAACUCAAGAAGCCUCCAACAAGAAAAUGACUUUCCACCGGCACCUCCAGCUCCUGACUACAACUACGCAGGACCCCAAGAUGUGGGAUGCGAUAUCUGUAUUGGUAGGAAGCUCAAAGCGGUCAAGUCUUGCCUGAUGUGUCUGGCUUCCUACUGCGAAAAGCACUUGAAGCCUCAUUUUGAAUCAGCCACCUUUAAGCGUCACAAGCUUGUGGAUGAGAUCGGACACCUGGACCGUCAGAUCUGCCCACAGCACCAGAAAGGUCUAGAGCUUUACUGUAAGACAGAUCAGAUGUGUAUCUGUGUGCUGUGUACGGUGAAGGAGCACAAGGGGCAUGACAUGGUGUCAGCCGAACAGGAAAGAUCAGAAAUGCAGCAACGGUUGGGCGCCACCCAGGCAGAAAUUCAGGAGAAGAUCCACGACCGAGUGAAACAAAUGGAGGAGUUAAAGCAGGCCGUGGAUUCACUUAAGAGCUCAGCACAACGGGCCUUACAGGAAAGUGAAAAGCUAUUUGGUGACAUGCUUCGUUCCAUUGAAAGAAUGCAACAGGAAAUGACCAAACUUAUCUCGAGCAAUAAGAAGGCAGCACUUAACACCGCAGAGGGUCACAUGGAGCGUCUGGGGCAAGAAAUUACUGACCUGAAAAGGAGAGACAACGAGCUGACACAGCUCUCUCGCACCGAGGACCACAUCCACUUCAUCCAGAGUUACCACAUGCUGCUCGCCCAGACUGAUGCUGAAGAGCUUCCUUCUGUUUCUGUUAACCCGUACUUUUCCUUUGGUCCUGUCACCAAGACCGUUUCAGAGAUGAAACAACAUCUAAAUGAGUUCAGCAAUGAGGAGCUGGUCAAGGUGGCAAAGACAGUGAACAAAAUGCCAUUCUGUCAGCUUGAGGACCUCAAGAAGAAAAAGACUAUGAAGUCUGAUGAUGUUGACAUGAUGUACAAGAGUCCCAGUACAUCAAGAGAGCCUCGGACAAGUACAACAAGAGAGCCUCGGACAAGGGAUGAGUUUCUCCAGUAUGCCUGCCAGCUAACUCUGGACCCAAACACAGCAUACAGACAACUCUAUAUUUCCCGUGGCAACAAAAAAGCAGCCCUUAAGAGAGAACCUCAGUCAUACAACGACAGCACCCAGAGAUUUGACUGCUUGCCCCAGGUCCUGUGCCAAGAGGCUCUCUCGGGAGGUGUCUACUACUGGGAGGUGGAGUGGAGCGGAGAGGGCGCUUCCAUCGGUGUCACCUAUAAAGGCAUCAAGAGGACAGGUUAUGGAGACUCGGCUCGUAUCGGGUACAACCGCAAGUCCUGGAGUCUCUUCUGCUCUGACUCCAGCUAUACUGCCCGACACAACAAAGAUCAGAUUGACGUUAAGGCACCCUACUCGUCCCGUAUCGGGGUGUUUCUAGACUUUGCAGGAGGCACUCUUGCCUUUUACAAUGUGUCUGAGUCCAUGUCACUUAUUCAUCAGUUUAAAGCCUCUUUUAGUGAGCCGGUCUAUCCUGGAUUUUGGGUGUGGUAUGAGUCUGCUAUAUCUCUUUGUCAGUUGUAGAUAGUAAAACUGGAAAGGGGGUUUAGGGGCAUUUCCAGAUGUUUUAUGGUUAUUAUCAGUUUUUAUUAAAUUAUAUUUCUUGUGCAGCUAAUUAUGGUCAUUUUUGUUUAUUAUAUUUCAAUGACUUGAUAAAUAGGCUAUAUAUGCAUAUGUGAAUUCAUGUUAUUUUUUAUAUCUAUCUGUGUGAUUUUCAAUGAGUAUGAAGGAAACUCAGAAAAACUAAUUCAAUGUAUAUUUUUAAGAUUUUGCCACAAAAUGUAUACAUUACUGGGAAUAAAAUAAAGAGUUGAUUUGAAA